AUGACCUCCAAACAAAUAAAAAAGAAAGAGGUGCAUCGGAUCAACUCUGCGCAUGGUUCGGAUAAAUCCAAAGAUCUGUACCCUUUUGGCAGUAAUGUACCAUCUGGUUCUGCUGAACAAAAGAAGGGGAAAUUCCCAAUCUGGCCAGAGUGGAGUGAAGCUGACAUCAAUGCAGAGAAGUGGGACUCAGGCAAAGGCGGGAAAGAAAAAGACAAAGCAGGCAAAAGUCCUGUGUUACAUUUUUUUGAAGACCCAGAAGGAAAGAUUGAACUACCACAAUCAUUGAAAAUUUAUUCUUGGAAACGUCCACAGGAUUUUAUGCUCAGUCGGACCCCGGUCGUUGUGAAAAAUGAGAUCAUGUUUGACCUGUUUUCAGUCAAUGAACAUUUAUUCUGCAGUGAGCUGAUGAGAUGGAUAAUCAGUGAAAUCUAUGCAGUGUGGAAGAUAUUCAAUGGAGGGAUUUUGAGCAAUUAUUUUAAAGGAAAUACAGGAGAACCUCCUGUUCUCUUCUGGAAGCCCUGGGAACAUAUAUACUCCCUAUGUAAGGCUGUGAAGGACCAUAUGCCGUUGUUCAACAGCUAUGGAAAAUACGUUGUGAAACUUUACUGGAUGGGUUGUUGGAGAAAGAUAACUAUUGAUGACUUUUUUCCUUUUGAUGAAGAUAACAAUCUGCUGCUUCCGGCUACAACCUAUGAAUUUGAACUUUGGCCAAUGCUGUUGUCUAAAGCUAUCAUUAAGCUGGCAAAUGUUGACAUCCACAUAGCACAGAGAAGAGAACUGGGAGAGUUCACAGUUAUUCAUGCCCUCACAGGAUGGUUACCGGAAGUCAUUUCUCUUCACCCAGGAUAUGCAGACAAAGUUUGGGAGCUCUUAAAAGAAAUAUUGCCUGAGUUUAAGCUGACAGAGGAGCCCAGCUCUGAAAGCAAAACAACAGUGAUAGAUACCAAAUUAAAAGAACAAGGGAAAGAGAUAAAGAAUGGCAAAGAAGUGAAAGAUGGCAAAGAAGUGAAGGAUGUGAAGGACUUCAAACCUCAAUCUUCCUUCACAGCACUGAAAGUGCCUGAGAAAAGUGACAAAGUUCCUAAAGAGAAAGUGGAUGCAAAAGACCUUGGGAAGAAGAGGAGUAAAGAUGGAGAAAAGGAAAAAGAGAAGGAAAAACUCAAAUUCUCACUUCAUGGUUCAAGACCUUCAUCAGAUGUGCAAUACUCUAUGCAGUCUCUAUCAGAUUGUUCUGCAGCAACACAGUCCCCUCACAUGGUCGUGUAUGCUACCUUUACACCUCUCUAUUUGUUUGAAAACAAGAUUUUUUCAUUAGAGAAGAUGGCAGAUUCUGCAGAGAAACUUAGAGAAUAUGGGCUAUCCCACAUCUGUAGCCAUCCCGUGCUGGUGACUAGAAGUAGGUCUUGUCCCCUUGUGGCACCACCAAAACCACCUCCUGUGCCUCCCUGGAAACGUAUUCGUGAGCAGAAAGAAACUGUUAUAACAGAUGAAGCUCGAGAUCCAGUGAUAAAGAAACCUGAACAGUUUCUUGAGAUUUCAAGUCCAUUUUUGAAUUAUAGAAUGACUCCAUUUACGAUUCCAAUAGAAACGCAUUAUGUACAGUCCAUUAUUAAGAAAGGGAUGCCUCCAGGGUCCAGUUUACCUUCCCUUGCUGAAAAUGAUGAAACUGCAAGUCUUAGCCAACCAGAAUUGAAUCAAGUGACAGGAGCUGUAUCUCAGGUAUUAGCCGAACCCUUGGUUAUAGAAGAUGGUUUUU